AUGAUUGGUUUUAGUUCUCGAUGUAAUUCCGCACUCCACACUGUCGGUGCAAAAAAUCUUGCAGCUUCAACAUGGCUUCGAUGUGCUAGUUCGUCAUCGAAACCUCCAACAAUAAAGAAUUGGAUUAAUGGAAGAGCUGUCGAAUCGAAAGCAAAAGAUUGGAUUGAACUCACUAAUCCAGCCACGAAUGAAGUCAUUGGUUUAGUACCAAAGAGUACUCAAGCUGAAAUGAACGAAGCUGUUGAAAGUUGCAAACAAGCAUUCCGUACAUGGUCAAAGACAACUAUACUUCAACGACAACAAAUUAUGUUUCGCUACCAAGAUCUCAUUAAAAAGAAUAUGCGAAGAAUUGCUGAAAAUAUUUCUCUCGAACAAGGAAAAACCGUUGCUGAUGCUGAAGGUUCAACAUUACGUGGUUUACAAGUGGUAGAAUCGUGUUGUUCAGUAACAUUUUUACAAACCGGUGAUACAAUGCAUAGCGUUGCUAAAGAUAUGGAUAUUCAUAGUUAUCGAGUACCAUUAGGUGUUACAGCGGGUAUUGCACCUUUCAACUUUCCCGCAAUGAUUCCACUUUGGAUGUUCCCGGUAGCUGCUGUUUGUGGUAAUACAAUGUUAAUGAAACCAUCCGAACAAGAUCCCGGUGCAUGCAUGAUGCUUGUUGAACUAGCAAAAGAAGCUGGUUUACCGGAUGGUGUAGUUAAUUGCAUUCAUGGUCAACAUGAAGCUGUUACAUUCAUUUGUGAUCAUCCUGAUAUCCGUGCUAUAUCAUUUGUUGGUUCUGACACAGCUGGUAACUAUAUUUAUGAAAGAGGCUCAAAAAAUGGUAAACGUGUUCAAUGCAAUAUGGGUGCGAAAAAUCAUGGUGUUAUUAUGCCUGAUGCUAACAAAGAACAAGCAUUGAAUCAACUUGUUGGUGCAGCCUUCGGUGCUGCUGGUCAACGAUGCAUGGCUUUAUCUACAGCUAUAUUUGUUGGUAAAGCACGUGAAUGGAUUCCUGAAUUUGUUGAAAAAGCGAAAAAAUUACGCGUUAGUGCUGGUCACGAACCGACAGCUGAUUUAGGACCUCUGAUAUCGAAGAAAGCCAAAGAACGUGUCCUCGAUUUAGUCGAGUCUGGUGUUAACGAAGGUGCAAAAUUGAUUUUAGAUGGACGUAAUGUCAAAGUUCCCGGUUAUGAAAAUGGCAAUUUCGUUGGACCAACAAUUCUCCACGAAGUUACACCAAAAAUGAAAUGCUACAAAGAAGAAAUCUUCGGUCCCGUACUUGUUUCGAUGUCUGUCGACACCUUAGACGAUGCCAUCAAAGUUAUCAACGAGAAUCCAUACGGUAAUGGUACAGCUAUUUUUACAACCAACGGAGCUACUGCAAGAAAGUUUACUCAAGAAAUUGAUGUUGGACAAAUCGGAGUCAAUGUUCCAAUUCCAGUUCCACUUCCAAUGUUUUCCUUCACUGGGUCUCGUGGGUCGUUCCGUGGUGAUACAAAUUUCUAUGGACGCAACGGUAUGAACUUUUAUACACAAUUGAAAACAGUGACUUCACAAUGGCGACAGGAAGAUGCCACGCCCAUGGACGUUCAAAUGGCAAUGCCAACAAUGUCAUAA